AUGGAGAACAGAGGCUUGCGGCCCGCAAAAGAGUUUGGUCUGCACCCGCAAGUCACGCAACUCACGCAAGGACACGAGACACGAGACAGCGGCCUAAGGUCGGUGUUACAACAUCCACAGAACAAUUUCUACCUAGAAAUGGCGGGAAAGAAGGGAGAAAACACCAAAAAAGUGGCGGGCAACGCCCGCAAGGCCGACGCUGCGGCCAAGAAGAACGCAGCCGCAGAUGCCCAGCUCGAAGCUGUUGAGGAAGACAGCUGGCAGAAGGGUUCCAAGAAUAACUCCAAGAAGGAAGCCGAAGAGGCCAAACGAGCGGAAGCCGCCAGGAAGAAGGCCGAAAAGGACGCGCUGAUAAAAGAGGACGAGGAAGCGACUGGUGGGCGCGCCGAGGCCAAAAAGUCCAAGGCGCCCAUCAAGAAGACGCGCGGCCUGGACCUGUCGCAGCUUGACGACGGGCCUAGCACGCUCAACGCCAGCGGUAUCGACAACGCACUGGACGCGCUGUCGCUGACGACGGGCGGCGAGGCCAAAAUUGAGACACAUCCUGAGAGGCGCUUCGCGGCCGCCUACCGCGCGUACGAGGAGCGCCGCCUCGACGAGAUGAAGGCCGACGGCAGCGGCACCGGCCUGCGUCUGGACCAGCGCAAGCAGCGCAUCCGCAAGGAGUUUGACAAGAGCCCCGACAACCCCUUCAACCAGGUCACGGCUGCGUACAAUGCUACGAGGGACGAUAAACGGGAGGUGCGCGAGAGCGAGAAGAGCAAGAUUGAGAAGCGCCUGGGUGCUUAG